AUGUUCCGAAAAAAUAGUCCAUGUUGCUUUGAAAAAAUAUUAUCAUACCUUGAAGACCCUAGGUACCCUUCAGUAGGUCCCCACCUUCGUCUCUUAAGUCUUACUGGUUUAUGGCACCCAAAUAAUACCAAAAUUGAAAAAUUCAAACUGUAUCUCUUCUAUAUCACGGUAGCAUUUUUCUGCAGUCAGUACAUUAGGUGCCUCAUUAAAUGUGACGGAGAAUCGCUGACAUUAAUACUGCAGUAUGCACCGUUCCACAUGGGCAUAGUAAAGAGCUGCUUCUUUCAAAAGGAUUAUAAGAAAUGGGAGAAUGUCAUAUUCUACGUAUCGUCUCUAGAACGUGAUCAACUGUUAAAGAAAAACGAACAAAGCCUGGAAAUAAACAAGUAUAUCAAACAAAGCCGUCGAGUAUCCUAUUUCUUCUGGGCGCUGGCCUUCUUUUCCAAUUUCAACAUCUUUUCUGAGCCAUACCGUCUAAACCAGGAAAAUGAUGAUGGAACUAAUACGUAUAAGAACAUCUUUGAUGGCUACAUUCCUUACAGCAAUGAACCGCCAGGAUAUUAUGUCUCCUUGAUCGUCCAAACUGUAUUAGGUCACAUAGUUAGUGCUUAUGUCGUGGCCUGGGAUACUCUGGUCGUAACUAUUAUGAUAUUUCUCGCCGGACAACUGAAGGUUGCUCGAAUUAACUGCGAAAGAAUGAUCAUAGAUCGUGAUGAUAAUGAAAGUCACGAAAAUAUUGCGUACUGUCAUCGACAUCACACUAAAUUGGUCAAAUACCAAAAGCUGUUCAACGAGCUGAUAUCUCCGGUUAUGUAUGUGUACUUGGUGGUAAUUUCCGUCAACCUUGGAGUUUGUAUUAUUCAAAUUGCCCAAAUGCAAGACGACGUCACGACAUUAAUAGCAAGUUGUUUGUUCGUGAUGGCUUGUUUGAUACAACUGCUACUUUUCUACUGGCACGCUAACGAAGUCACGGUUGAGAGUACUCUAGUCAGCUACAGCACUUUCAAGAGCAACUGGCCACAGUCCACAGCUAAAAUCCAGAAGGAGGUGGCGAUACUAGGUCUUAGCACUAACAAGAAACUGGUAUUCAGAGCCGGACCUUUCAAUGAAAUGUCUUUGCAAACAUUUAUUGCGAUUCUCCGAGCAAGCUACAGCUUCUACACUUUGCUAAGUAAAACCAAAUAA